AUGAUUGACGCAAACUCCAUUAUUCCCCUGUCUCCGCCUUGCUCACCGCGCUUGUCUGCGUACGGCACGAGUCCUGCAGACAACGAGUGGCAAUCUACACUGGAACACACCCCCCCACAUUCGGACAACGAUAUGGCAAUGCUUCAGGUCGAAAGUGCCGCAUAUGGCUUCGACCUUAAACGUCCGAUAAUGCGGACGCACAAAAGUUCACCUUACUUGCUGCAAAGCAAGAAUCAACUCAACGAUAGUCCUACAUCACCACCCGGUCUAGACAAAAUCGAGUCAGACGAUCUGCCGGUUAUGACAUUUGGAGGCUCUGCUCCCACAAGCCCUCUCUCUCGACUGACACCUUCAUCAACACACGAUGAGGUCAACGAAGAGAGAAUAGAUGAUGACGGUGAUGAAAUCAUCGAUGACGAGAAAGACGACGACGUUGAGGGCGAGAUCAAUGAGGAAGAGAGACCACUCACAGCCGCAGAAAUACGGGCCGCAAAACGCAAGAUGAAGAGGUUCAGACUCACUCACAAUCAAACUCGAUUUCUCAUGAGCGAGUUCGCUCGACAAGCACAUCCUGAUGCUGCUCAUCGGGAACGGCUGUCUCGCGAGAUUCCUGGUCUCAGCCCUCGCCAGGUACAAGUGUGGUUCCAGAACAGGAGGGCAAAGCUGAAGCGACUGACUAGCGACGACCGCGAGCGCAUGAUGAGGUCUCGAGCCUUACCGGAGGACUUCGACAUGGCUCAAGCACUGCACGCUCCAUUUGGCAACUCACAUGGCAUGGGCACAUCGCUCGUGUCUCCUGCUCCCUAUUCCCCAAGUUUCUCUGAAAACAACAUGAUGCGGCCACUGAGUAUCGAUACGUUUCGACGAGGACCACUCGACUCUCACAUGUCGCCCACCGGAAUUAGCCCUGCAUUCGGCGGCUUCGCUUUCACACCACCUCAAUCAGCAACUUCGCCCAUCUCGAGUCAUGAUGCUUCCUCGUUUGCGUUCUCUUCAGCAGCGCUUGAUCACAGUCCAAAAUCGUCAACCUCAUUUUCUAUGCCAGUCACCACUUCAUCAGCGUACGCCACACACCACAGUAUGCCACGCCUUGCACUUCACACCGAACGCCUUGCCAGGGCCGCCCGAACAGAGUCGAUGAACUCCCCUCUCAGAACCAGCAUGAGCUACAACAACGACCACAUGAGCACAUCUAAUGAUUCUUCGCACCAUACUGACGGAUCACGCUCAUACUCCAGCUCAAUGAUGCCGUAUGGUAUUGGCUACUCCUACGCUUCGAUACCAGGGUUUCAAACAACUAGCUCCACAAGAAUGCGUUCCUUCUCCAACGGCUUACCUCGCCGCAUCGAACUGAGCACCCACUACCCCCCAAGCCGGAGCACAUCAACCCCUCAAACAGCGCAGUUCCCAUCGUAUGCUGGUUCUCCACUUUCGACACCACAUAGUUAUGCAAUGCCGCAGAUGAGUGCCCCACACCAUCUCACUUCAUUCUCAAACUCGUACAUGCGCGGAGAUUCUGCGCAUGGUGAUCAUUAUUCUGGCGUGGGGUCUGUGCUGAGGGAAGUCAUGGGGGGAUCACGUCAGGGCGAUGAACAUUAUUAG